AUGGAGACUCAGCACCUUGGCAUCAAGGUGUUGAUGGUCGAACCAGGCUACUUCCGUACCAGCUUUCUCAAAGAGGGAAGCAACGUACAGCCACCUGGGAACCCAAUUGCGGACUACGAGCCCAUCAGAGGAUCUAUGGGUAAGGAGUUAAAAGAGCAGAAUGGUGCUCAAAUCGGCGAUCCUAAAGCUGGAUGCGAAAGGAUCAUCGAGCUGUUGAUGCACACCGGCCUUGCAAAGCAGAUAAGUAACGGUGAAAUACCCACUAGAGUCGCAUUGGGAUCUGACAGCUACGAGGGCAUUAUAAAGAAAGGUCAAGAUCUUAUUGAUAACGCCAACAAGUGGAAACAGUUUUCAGUGUCUACUGACUAUAAGAAUUGA